AUGCCCGGCAUGGGUCAGGACUGGGAAACUCUGCUCCCAACAUCUACUUGGCACGGGGCAGCCGUCAAGCCGCGCCUGCAGUCGACAUUUCAACCACAGGGUGAAAAGAUGAAGCAAGACUUCAUGGACGAACAAAGGGAAGAAAACAUCAAAGACAAAAUUGCUGCUGUGCACCAUUUUGGCAAGAGAAAAACUCAAGAGCUGACGCCAAAUAAAAGCAACGGCCAAGAAAGAGAGAGAGAUUUGUCGGAUUUCAGAGCCACUGAAAAUAAGCAAGGUAGCAAAUCCCAAAAUCUUUUGGAAAGCAGACUGACAACGAAUGAAGACUAUCUCAUUAGCAAUGAAGUAAAUGGCCACAGUGACCUAAAGAUGUCUAUGAAUCCCGAAUCCUCUGCGAUCAGAGAAGCCCACGACCUCAAAGAAUCCACUGCAGCUCUCAUCCAAAAUAAUGGUCAGCAGACAAUAGGGCAGGUUAUUUUGAGGGAACUCUUGGGGGAAGAAAUCAAAAUGAAUAAACCCAGAAACACUCUAAGCAAAAUCCCAGCAUAUAUGAAUGAUGAAAAAGCCCCAUCAAACCAUAAGAAAAAUUAUCAAAGAAACUUCCCAACCCAAAAUAAUCCUGUCAGAAGCAAAAUCACUUACCAUUUUCCUCCCAGCACUGACUAUCUUACAGAACUCUCCCGAGUGAAAAACAUCCCUAGUGAUUUUGAGGGCAGUGGACACACAGAUAUUCAAGAGAAAGUGGAUCAUCUCUUCCCUUUCAGUGGAGAUGGCCAACCUUUCAAGGACAUUCUUGGCAAAGAAGGAGCUAUUAUUUCUGGCCCAGAAGAUGGCAACAUUCAAACAGAGUUUAUCAAUCCUGAUGCAAAAGGCCCACGUUACAAUGAGCUUCCAGAGAAGGAAGAAAAUGGGAGCAGUUCCACUGGAAUUAAGGCAGGAAAAGAGGCCGAUGUGACUGGUGUGAGCCUAGCAGAGAGCACCAAUGACAUCAUAGGUAUCACCAACUUCAAGGAAUUGCCCGGAAAGGAAGGACAGAGAGUGGAUGCCAGCAGUCAGAAUGCUCACGGAGGGAAAGCUGAGUUCCAUUAUCCCCAAACAUUCUCAAACGAUAGAAGAAAGGAAGGCAGUAGGAACGUAGAUGAGAUUCCUAAUUACAAUGAAAUUCCAAAACAGGGCAAAGGGAGUCGUACAAAAGAGAUGAAAUAUUCUAGUAAGAAUCAAGCGAUCUCAAGGGAAAAGCAAGAACUUUCUAGUAAGAGCAAAAGUCAAGACCCCCUCCUUCCUUCUCCCGGAACUGAGAAUGAAAUUGUUUCCCAGAAUGGUCCCAAGAGCGAGGGGGCUCUGAUAACACAUAGCAGGAAAAGUCACGAGGGACAACAUAGGAGAAAUACUCAGUAUAAGGCGAUGUCACAAAGGAAAGGCUCCUGGGCUGACAGAAAACCCUUCUCCAAUAGACUCGGCAGCCCUAGAAAGCCCGACAGCAGCGAAUCAUCAUCCGACAGCAGCAGUUCAAGUGAGAGUGACGGUGACUAG